AUGUCGCGUCUGGCUGCCUGUGAGGCCUGUAGAAAGGCUAAACUGGCAUGCGACCAUCAACUACCCGUUUGCACGCGUUGCAGUGCUAGCAAGGGGAUUUGUAUCUACAGGACUACGCCCUUUAAGCGGAAAAGAGUCGAGAAGCAAAGCCUUGGUUCCCCAGAUGAACCGCCGUCAUUUAAUCCAAGACGUAAUCCAUACCCAAACCCUGGGUAUCUAGGGUCGUCUAGCCAUGCAGCUAUAUUCAAGCAUAUCACUCCGGACGGAGACCAUGGCCACGGUAGUCAUCAAACAGUACCAGAGGAUCUGCACUCGGACUUAUUUGGGGACAACCAUCUCGUCCUACAAGGCGCAGAUACCCUCAAACAUCUCUUGACAACAUACAAGUUGUCCGCCAUGAAAGACCUCGUCAUGUUCUGGCUAGCUAAAGGAGCCAACCUGGCCCUGGCAGAGCCUUUUGUUGACCAAUGUGCCCAGAGUGUAAGCCAAUUGUUCACCUACCACGACGACAACUGGCAUCUGGUCUAUGCACGUCGUCUCUUGCAGAACUCGGCCCAACCGCUGCACUUCAAUGAUACCUCUGACCUGGCUGCUUUCUCAGCUCAAUUUCUAGACCACAAUUCUCGUUGGGAGACGCUAGGAAUAUUCUUUGCCGCUGUCAGUCGAGCGACAACUGACAUCGCGUUCUUUCCGUCCCUAUAUACCACCGAGCAAGAACAGUACACACUCCGAAGACUAUGCACCAAACUUUGUGACUUCGCAUUGGAGAUAUCCCUCUCCCUAGAUUGCCUGAAUGAUCUACAGCUGAUCAUGCAAUACGAGAACUUUAUCGUACAUUCUUACGUGGAUGGAGAUCAGAGCUACCAUUCCUGGCGCAAACUAGGCGACGCAAUAUCUUCAACAUUUGCCCUAGGGUACCACGAGAACAUCGAAAUUAAAACAGGACUCCCGCCAUUCCUCAAGGAACUGCGCAAAACAGCCUUCGCGCGCAUCUACUCCGCAGACAAGAAUAUAGCAAUAUUCCUCGGCCGGCCGCCACGAAUGAACAAACGCUUCUGCCACUUCCAGAUCCCAUCCUGUCGGAACGCAGAAGAAGGCUCGGCAGAAUGGACCCUGGACGCGGAGGCCGGGUACCGGGCUGAUACGCGAUGGUCUGCCCUGUGCGCGUCGCUGAAGGAGGAGAUCUGGGAGCUUCUUCAGGACAAGCAUGAUCCAUCAUGUGCGCAACGAGCAAGCGUAAUACAAUGCCAAGCAGAGACGCAGUGGCAACACCUGCCAGCCCACUUCCGACUCGAGAGCAGUCUGAAGAAAUGCACGCAAGGACCAUUUGAGCGAGAUUUUGUCGCCGGCGUACGACUGCACCACUUGCACGUGCUGUUCUUGCUUCGUCUCCUGUUUCUUAAAUCGCCGACCGAGCCCGAUCUGCCUAUCAUCGAGACGGCGGGUCAGAUGCUCACACUCGUUGUGGAGAUUAUUUUGCUGCGGGAUCAGCUCACUAAUUCUGGGACGGGUCUUAUUUGGAAGGUUGCGUACUACGGUCUCCCCGCUGCGGGGAUAAUGCUCCUGGCCAUGUUGAAACAGCACAUGCCGCGAGCGCACCGGACACGGUCAUUACAAGAUCUCAGUGUAUUUGUAGCGGAGGUGCAGAUCGGAACGAUUGUUAAAGCCGGAGAUCCGAAUUACGCGUUACUUUCUAAGGCUACGCGGACUAUACAGCGUUUUCUGGACUCGACUCAUUCAGACCCGCCUCUGUCUGAAGUGGCCGGGGUUGAGGGGAAUGAUGAGUGGGCGUUAUUGAGUCAGGAUCUGUGGGAUUUCGAGGCUGGGUUUUGGCAGAGUUUGGCGGAUCAUCCGUCGUUGUUGGCGAUUGAGCCUUCUCUGCCGCCUAUCUAG